GCUAGGUCAGUGGGUAUAGUAAAAUCAAUCCGUUAGUGUGCCACUACAACGUAAGUGAGAGUAUUUAAAUUGUAUUACAAGCUAAAUAGAAUGCGCUUUGAUACAAAUACGCGAUGAUGUCGCGCCAUUGAGCAAUCUGCAUUUAACCGUCACAUAGUUAAGUUGUGCUAAGUGGAGUAACAAAAAUUGUGAACGACUUGUGCAACUCGAAUAAUGAAAAACAUAAUUUUUAAAAGCACUGUUCUUGUCAAAAGACAAUUUCGGACGCAGUAUCUAGGAAUCUCGCGAGCCUACUCAAAUCAACAGGCUGGGACAACAAUAGAUGAAUAUGAAGUCGGAAGAUACUCGGAACUUGAAAAGAGCUGGUGGGAUCCAGCGGGCCCUGUUAAAGCACUUCAUUCCAUGAAUGAAAUAAGGUUACCGUUCAUUAUGGAUGGCUUUAUGAAAAGUGCACACAGCGCAGCAGAUAUUGAAAAACCCCUGAAAAAUAUAAAGCUUUUAGAUGUAGGGUGUGGCGGCGGCAUAUUGUCAGAGGUUUUGGCUAAGAAUGGCGCUGAAGUCACAGGCGUAGAUGCGAACAAAGAAAUGAUUGAAGUUGCCAAACGACACAGCCAAUCUAACACGAAAUUAAUCAACAAACCAAUUUACAUUCAAACGACCAUUGAAGAUCAUGUGAGUGACUACAAGAAUUACUACGACGGAGUCGUCGCAUCCGAAAUAAUAGAGCACGUAAACAACCCAGAAUUAUUUGUGAGAGCAUCUCUAGAAGUAUUGAAACCGGGAGGAAGAAUAUUCUUUACUACCCCCAAUAGAACGCUGAUGUCCAAAAUCAUUCUUAUUUGGAUAGCUGAAUAUGUGCUAAAGGCGAUACCUAAAGGGACACACGACCACAAGAAGUUUGUCAGACCGAGCGAACUGUCGGGGAUGCUACAAAAAAAUAACUGUAAAGUGGAGUUGGUACGUGGAAUCAAGUACAAUCAGCUACGAAAUAGAUGGACAUUCGUACACUCCCAGGAUUUGGUUUAUGCUCUACGAGCGAAGAAGGAAUUAAGAUAGUU